CUUCGGGUCAUGUGAUCGGGCGGUCACGUGACCGCUGCUGUGAGCGCCAUGGUGGCUGUGCUGCUACUGCUGUUCGGGGCGGGGGCGGCGGCAGGGUGCGGGUACCAGUCGUGCCCCCCGACGCGCCCCGGGCUCCUCAACGUCCACCUGGUGCCCCACACGCACGACGACGUGGGGUGGCUCAAGACGGUGGACCAGUAUUUUUAUGGAGUGCGGAACUCGGUGCAGCAUGCGGGGGUCCGGUACAUCCUGGACUCGGUGGUGGCAGCAUUGGCGGCCGAACCCUCACGCCGCUUCAUUUACGUCGAGGUCGCGUUCCUGGCGCGCUGGUGGGCGCAGCAAGAUGAGGCCAUGCGGCAGCGCGUGCGGCAGCUGGUGCAGGAGGGUCGACUGGAGCUGGUUGGGGGGGGCUGGUGCAUGAAUGACGAGGCGGCGGCGCAUUACGGCGCGGCGCUGGAACAGCUGGCACUGGGGCGGCAGUUCCUGCGGCGCGAGCUGGGGGACUGCGGCACUCCCCGUGUCGCCUGGCAGAUUGACCCCUUCGGCCAUGCCCGCCAGCUCGCCGCCACCUUCGCACAGAUGGGCUAUGAUGGCCUCUUCCUGGGGCGCGUGGACCACCAAGACAAGGCACAGCGGGAGGAGCUGCGCCAGAUGGAGAUGAUCUGGCGCGCCAGCACGAGCUUGCAGCCGCCAGCCGCCGACAUCUUCACUGGGAUCCUCCCCAACAUGUACAACCCCCCACCGGGGUUCUGCUGGGACCAGCUCUGCUCCGACCCCCCCGUGGUGGAUGAGGACAGCGUGGAGAACAACGUGGACACCAUCGUCUCUUCCUUCCUGCAGGUCGCCCACAGCCAGGCCGAGCGCUACCGCACCAACCACAUCCUGAUGACCAUGGGCUCUGAUUUCCACUACGAAAACGCCCACCUCUGGUUCUACAACAUGGACAAGCUCAUCGCCCACGUCAACGCCCGGCAAGCCAACGGCAGCCGCGUCCACGUCCUCUACUCCACGCCGUCAUGCUACCUCCAGGAGCUGCACCGCGCCAACCUCUCCUGGUCCGUGAAGACGGAUGAUUUCUUCCCGUACGCCGACGGCCCCCACCAGUUCUGGACGGGCUAUUUCACCAGUCGUCCCGCACUCAAGCGCUACGAGCGCCUCAGCACCAACUUCCUCCAGAUCUGUUCCCAGCUGGAGGCCGUGGCCGGCGCGGCGGCACGCAAGGGUCCGUACGGCUCUGGUGACAGCUCUGUGCUCCGUGAGGCAGUGGCCGUGGCGCAGCACCACGACGCCGUCAGCGGUACCGCCAGACAGGAUGUGGCGGAUGACUACGCCCGGCAGCUGGCGGGGGGCUGGCAGCGCUGCCAGGUGGUGGUGGCGAAUGCGCUGGCAGCGCUGAGCGCCUCCAGGGACAAAUUUGUCUUCUGCAAUGCCCUCAACGUCAGCGCCUGUGCCCUGACCGAGGCGGCCGCUCGCUUUUCCGUCAUCCUCUACAACCCUCUUGGCCGCCGUCUCUCUUGGCCCAUCCGACUCCCGGUCAAUGGAGCGUCGUACGCGGUGACGGACGCUCAAGGCCAUCCCGUGCACAGCGAGGUUGUUCCCGUCUCCAACGUCACCCGUUGGCUGCGGGGCCAUGCUGGCAGUGCUGCGCGAGAGCUGCUUUUCCACGCCUCUGUACCCGCUCUGGGCUUCAGCACCUUCAGCGUCUCCCGGCUGAGCCGCAGGGACCCCCUCACGCCCCCCGCCCAGACCCCGCACCUCUCGCAGCCUCGGGAGAUCCGGAAUGAGCACAUCCGAGUGCUCUUCGACCCUGUCACGGGGCUCCUGGAGGAGAUCGAGAACUUGGACGCAGGCAUCUCGCUUCCCGUCUUCCAGAGCUUCUACUGGUACAACGCCAGCAUCGGCAACGCUGAGAACCCCCAGGCAUCAGGCGCCUACAUCUUCCGCCCCAACAGCUCCGACCCCAUCCCAGUCUCCGACUCCAAGCGCGUCUCCACGUUCCUGGUGAAGAACGCUUUGGUGCAGGAGGUCCACCAGAACUUCUCCUCGUGGUGCUCUCAAGUGGUGCGGCUCCACACGGGACAACCCUACCUGGAGCUGGAAUGGACUGUGGGGCCCAUCCCGGUGCAGGACGGUUGGGGCAAGGAGAUCAUCAGCCGCUUCGAGACACCGCUGCGGACGGGCGCCCUCUUCUACACUGACUCCAACGGGCGGCAGAUCCUGGAGCGCAGGCGCAACUACCGACCCACGUGGAACCUGAACCAGACGGAGCCCGUGGCGGGGAAUUACUACCCCGUUAACACCCGCAUUUUCAUCAAGGACGAGAAGAUGCAGCUGACGGUGUUGACGGAUCGCUCGCAGGGCGGCAGCAGCAUCUUCGACGGCUCCUUAGAGCUCAUGGUCCAUCGCCGGCUGCUCUACGACGAUGGCCGCGGCGUCGGGGAGCCGCUGCUUGAACCGGGGGCCACGCAGCAGGGACUGGUGGUCCGUGGCCGCCACCUCAUCCUCCUCGAUCCGGUGGAAUCGGCGGCCGAGCGGCACCGGCUGUUGGCGCAGGAGUUGGUGGCGGCGCCCUACACGGUGCUGGCGGCAGGCGAGGGUCUGUCCUUUGGCCGUGUGCGGCAGGAGUUCUCGGCGCUGCGGACGGAGCUGCCGCACAAUGUCAACCUCCUGACGCUGUCAGCGGAGGAUGGAGGGAACGUCCUCUUGCGGUUGGAGCACCAGUUCGAGCGUGGAGAGAGUGCAAACAGCUCCCAGCCCGUCACCAUCGACCUCCUGAGCCUCUUUUCCGCCUUCUCCAUCGCCUCCGUGCAGGAGCUGAGCCUCGGUGCCGAUUUGCCCCUCGACGCCAUCUCCCGCCUGGUUUGGACCCCGGAUACCGGUCCAAUCCAUUCCCAUCCCAUUCCCAAACUGGACCCGCACCGAGUGCUCCUGCAGCCCAUGGAGAUCCGGACCUUCCUGGCCACAGUGCAGGGGGAUCCCUGAGUGGGGGGGGGUGUCAGCCUCUUCCCCUCCCCUCCCCUUAAGUGCAUUAAAUCCCAUGGGAAAUUUUC